UCUCUCUCUCUCUCUCUCUCUCUCUCUCUCUCUCUCUCUCUCUCUCUCCCCUUUCGGUCCAUUUAUUUUCAGUUUAAACCCCAGUGAUCUCAAUCUCAGUUCUUCAAACUCAAUCUAGGGUUCUCAAUUUCUGAUAAAUAGUGGAGAAGAUUUUUUGGUUUUUUGCAGAGAGAGAGUGAGAGUGGGAUGAAGAUUCAGUGCAACGUGUGCGAGGUAGCGGAGGCGAACGUACUGUGCUGCGCGGACGAGGCGGCUCUUUGUUGGGCUUGUGAUGAGAAGGUUCAUGCUGCUAACAAGCUCGCCAGCAAGCAUCAGAGGCUGCCUCUCUCUAGCUCUUCGUCUCAGAUGCCCAAGUGUGAUAUAUGUCAGGAAGCAGUUGGCUAUUUCUUUUGUCUAGAAGAUCGAGCUGUACUCUGCAGGAAAUGUGAUGUUGCAAUACACACAGCUAAUACCUAUGUUUCAGCUCACCAGAGGUUUCUGCUUACUGGAGUAAAGGUAGGUCUUGAACCAACAGAGCCUGGUGCAUCCUCAGCUCUGGUGAAGUCACCCUCUGUUGAGAAAAUGUCAGAACCCGAAUCUCGCACUCUGUCUAGAAGGGUUAGUUCAAUGUCAUUAGCUGGACAAUACAACAAAUUAUUACCUGUCCAAGUUAGUGGAGUUGGGGAUUUUGUGCCUCCCAAGUUGCCAUUUGCUGGAGGUUCUGGAUCUGGAAGUAGUCCACAGUGGCCGUUAGAAGAAUUUUUUGGACUAACUGAAUUGAAUCAGAGUUCUGGGUAUAUGGAUACUGGCUCAUCCAAGGCUGAUAGUGGCAGGCUUGGAGAUUCAGACUGCUCCCCUAUUUUAAGAGCCGCUGAGGUGAAACUGGACGGUGAAGAGUGCUUGGGUAUGGUACCAGAUGCAUCGUGGGCGGUGCCACAGAUUCCUUCCCCACCUACAGCCUCAGGGCUUUACUGGCCAAAAUAUGAUCGGAAUCUGUCUGAAGCUGCAGUCUUCGUGCCGGACAUAUGCUACUCACAGAACCUUCACCGUUAUCAUCCAAAUGGUACUACUUCAAAACGGCGUAGGCAACUGUAAUGUGUCUACUUCUAUUUGGUUUCUAAGGGUUAUAGUUGCACCUUGCUAGAUAGUGUGUCAUCAGUCUUGGAAGUGUAUUUUCAUUUGCAAAAAUCAAUAAUCUGUGUGAGCAAAUUCUCGUGUGUUGGAGUAUUACCUUCAUCUGUAAGUAGAACUGUCUCAUUUCAGUAUAUGGUUAAUUAGGGUUGUAAAACUUAGGAAAUAUUUCAAUUUGUUCUGAGGUGGCUAUCCAAUGGUCGAUGCUACUGUUAAAUUGGAUCCUAGGCUUAAUUCAGUGGAGACAAUCUUCUACUGUGUGUGAGGGGAUAUGCUAAAUCAGUUGGAUUCACUAGAUUGAAUUGUUGCUGGAUGAUUAGAUUGAGC